UCCAUGCUAGCGGGAGGACAAAUAUGGAGGAAGCGGCUUCGUCCAAAAAACAAAGCAAAUGUCGCCCGUCACAGAAUUCCCAAAAGAUCGCCAAGGGACAUGUACACGCCCUACAGUGUCUUAACAGAAUGGAAGAGUUUAGAGCGAGCGAAAUCCUUUGUGAUGUUGCUCUUGAGAGUAGCGACGGAGCACUUUUCAAAGUGCACAAACUUGUUUUGGCUUCUUGUAGUUCAUACUUUCAAGCAAUGUUCACCAAUGAAAUGAGAGAAUCGAAAGAGGAAAAAAUCAAGAUGGCCUUGGACUCGCAUGUCUUGAAAGUUUUGGUCGAAUUUGCGUACACGUGCAAGAUGGAACUGAAAUCUCUGGCUGAUGUCAAAGCUGUGCUUGUGGCCGCGAACAUGUUGUUGUUCUCCGGUGCGGAAACUAUUUGCGUGGAAUUUAUCACGAAGAAAAUCAACACCAGGAACUGUGUUGACAUCAUAUCAUUUGCAGAGGUGAUAUCAAGUGAGGAAUUGUCAAGAAAUGCGUUUGAAUUCAUGGAAAAAAAUUUUGUGGAAAUAAGCUCUCAUAAAGGUUUCCUCUCCUUACCUACAAGCCUCAUGAAGAAACUUGUCUCUUCAGAAAACCUUAACAUUUCCUGCAAUGAAGAAGGAGUUCUAAAGUUUGUUUUGGAUUGGGUUAAUCACGAUCUAGCCAACAGACUUGAACAUUGUCCAGACGUCAUGAAAAAUGUACGACUUCCUCUCAUUCCAAGAAAUCUUUUGAUCAACUUUUUGGGGUCAGAAUUUGAAGAACUUAAAAAAACUGGUUGUGAUGCUCUUGUUGAAGAGAUUAACUCUUAUCAGCUUCAUCCCGAGAAAAGGACCAUCAUUAAUACACAGCGCACACAGCCUAGACACAGAACUCCUAAAAAACUGUGUGUGAUUGGGGGCUUAUCUGGAUUUGACAGUCCUGACAGAUAUUUAAAUCGUGCAGAUUACUUUUACUUGGAGGACGAAGAGAAAUGGCAAGAAAUGGCACCCAUGUGUGUUGCACGAGAAUCUGCAGCUGUUGUCAAUCUCAGUGGUCUGAUCUUUGUCAUUGGUGGAGUCAGUUUCAGUGCAAACCUCAGCUCUGUUGAAUGCUACAACCCUCAGCUGGACUCCUGGACUGAAAUGCCGCCUCUUAAAUACUGCAAGGGACAGGUGGCAGGCACUGUUCUCAGUGGGUGUGUCUAUGUGAUUGGUGGAAGCGACGAUCAUCUUAGAGAGGGACUGAAGACGGUGGAGAAGUAUAACCCAAUCACCAAUGACUGGGAAGUGGUCACGCCCAUGCGCAUGGGUCGAGGGGCACUGGGUGUAGCCACUCUUGAAGGGAAGAUCUACGCGUGUGGGGGAGCCAACUUCAACUUUGCGUUCUCCUCAGUCGAAGUCUACGAUCAACAAAAGAACCGCUGGACGUCCGCUUCUCCCAUGAAAAGAGCGCGCGCUUUUCACGACGUGGUUGUGGCGCACGGAUUUCUGUACGCGCUUGGCGGCGCUGAAAUGCAGAAUGGCCAACUAGCAAACAUUCAAGCCUCGGCGGAGAGAUUCUGUUCGCGUACAAAUCAAUGGACGGUUAUAAAAUCUCUGUAUGUGCCCUGCUGGGGAGUCAGGGCAGUGGCUAAUGAGAGACCACGUGAUCAUGAGGUAGACGUGUAUAUAGUUGGAUCGUUUGUCGUGGACUCGGGUUAUGGCGCUGUAGCUAAACUUAGUAUCGGUGCUGAUGACUCGCAUAUGCUGACGCACAUUCCAUACUUUGACGAGCCUUCACCUAGGAUACAGGCCGGGGUUGUAAUUUUGCCGUGGAUAUGAUAACAACAGUGGAGAGAGACCAAGACAUAAGGCGAGGUUCUCGCCGCAAGGCAAAAUUCCUUUUAAAAUGCGCGGGAGUUCUCGUCUUCUAUUUUCGUCUUCUUUUUUCGUAUCGCAUGUCUGUAGCAGUCGAGGUAUCGUUUGGCACUAUAAGCAAAGAAGUUUUAACUUUCAACUUUCAACUUAACUUGUAAUCAACUUUUAUAAUUUAGUUGGUGCGAUGUCUUAAUGAUUUUACCGACUUAAUACAUGUAGAUGUAGGUGGAAUUUAAUAAUACCGUUGCACUGUUCUGAUGGUGUAGAUGGUAGCUGAAGGUUUCGCAUCCACCGAGUUCGCACUCACAUCGAUUCAACUAGCUAUCAAGUUCACCCCAGAUUAGUGGGCAUAAUGAAACAAAAUCACUCAAAACAUGUUUAUUUCUCGUUUUUUAAUCCAAUGACCGCGGAUCUAACUCGAAAAAGGUAGAGGCGAACUCGAAAUAGAAAGUUUAAAAUGAGUUCAGGGGUGCGAACUCGAUUGGGUGCGAAACAGGAAGCAUUCGUUUAGAUUGAUCAGGCGCGAUCAAAGCAUUCAAUGUAGCUCUUAUUUGUCUGCCUGUUUUAUAACGAUAUCUUUUUAAGGGCCACAUGAAGUUUGUGUUACGUCCAGAUUUAACGCUUCAUUUCAAGUUUUCUGACGAGUAUCCCCGCUCGUUUAAUUUGGGAUUUCCUCGGCGCGUCCAUGGUAAGGUUUGGAGUGCGACGACUUGAUCCGUGUGCUCCUGGCUGUGAAAACGAUGUCAUCAAAACCACUCGUAAACUAUCCUGUACAAUUUUCCUCUUUCUUUGGUUCUGUUCGCUUUUUUGUUCGUUUAACAGCUAGCCUGGAUAUCAGUCUGAAAGGCCGCUUGGCAAUUCUCACUUUCCUGUAAGUCAUUUUAUACUUUCAAGCUUCUUGAAUCUCGCUGGACGAUCCUUGACAGAAGACAGUCACCUUAUCUAGUCUAAUGUCAGUAAUCCAAACUUGUGUGCUGUUCAGUCCAUUUCCCUGCGGAAAUUUUCAGUGUUCCUUAGCUUCCCGUCCACUUUCGAAGGUCAUCCGUUAGAUGUGGUUUUUCUGCGGAAUGUCCUUGUGCAGUAGAGAUAACAAUAUUUCGAGGAUACUAAAACAACUAAUAUUUAAUUGACUCGAACGUUCAGUCAGUCAUUACCUGUCACUCAAAUGACUCGAGGUCGAUCCUUUGAUUACCAAGAAAGUUUUCUGUGUCGCAAUUCACAGGAUCUGAGGUUCAAAGGGAGUGAUAAAGGUGUAAUUUCCCCUUACGAUAUUCAUACACUGCCUUGCAGAACGGAAACGAGAAUUCAGUAAUUAAUCCGCAUCAAAGGGACUAUAAGGGUUACCGUGAGUCAGAACUGUCCCGAAUCCAUUUUGAUAUUGUUUAGUAAAGGAACAAGUUUUAGGAUGACUGUUUCUUUUUGGUCAACAGAGAAGAUGGAGAUCUUAAACCAUUGUAAUUUCAUUAAAUGGAUACUUCUGUCUGUAAUAGGAAGGUCGCGGAUACUGCCUUCAUCGUUUUUGCGUUGCUUUCAUUUAAUAUACAGAUCGGCUUAUUUAUAUGCUUGAGUUCCCGUUUACAGUACAAAUAUUUACGCGUUUCUUUAUAUGGUUAUCGUUAGUGUUCUUGGAAGUAAAUUUAUCAACUGUUUGUUCAAUCGUUUAUUUCAUUUGUAUUUUGUGCUGAAAUUCAUGGUUGUAUUUUCAUAAUAAACUCAAUUGACGCUCAAGUGCUGAACGACAAAUAUAUGUGCUUACUUCAGCGAAAUAAACGUUGCCGGCGCAAAUCACACUCGCGCGUGU